AAGUUAGAGCUAGAAAAACCGUUUAAAACACGAAACAUCAUCGUAACACGCCAUAAAUAUCUCCCUCCUCCGUUUGGUUCCCGAGAAAAAAAAAAGCCGCCGCAAAUUCGAAAUCACCGCCAAAUUUUCUCUGCCGCCAAACAGAGUCUGUUCUUUUGAAGAUGGCUUUAGUUCUAAACCACAUCAUCAGCUCUUCCUUCUCUAAUUUCCCCAAAAUCUCAAGCCGUAAAAAUCACCCGAGAACCAGCUAUGGUGAGUUCAAUUUUCAGGUAAAUAUACCAUUUGAAACUUUGAAGGGAAGUGAGGAUGUUUGCAAAGAUUUGGGAACUUUGAAGUUAACUGCUCUUGUAAAUACUAUAGCAGUGGCAAAUUUGGUUGCAAUCGACUCUGCAAAGGCUUUAACUGGAGAUAAUCUUUUGGAAGGAGCUGCUACACUUUACACUUUGGCUGAUGAAAGUACAGGAGAUUGGUUUGGAGGUCUACUGUAUUCAGCUAGCCAGCAAGCUAAUGAAGCUGUUCAGGGCCAGUUAUCAGCUCUGAGUUUUACUAGUUUGGCUGUUAUUUUUGGGGCUGGUCUUGUUACAAGCCUUUCUCCAUGUACACUAAGUGUUCUGCCACUGACUCUUGGAUAUAUCGGUGCAUUUGGAUCCGGCAAGAGCAAAACCGAGGUCGUUGUGAAUUCAGUGGCUUUCUCACUAGGAUUAGCAACUACUUUAGCACUCCUCGGUGUGGGGGCCUCCUUUGCUGGGAAGGCAUACGGACAGAUAGGGCAAGGGUUGCCAUUGGCUGCUUCUGGUUUGGCUGUUAUUAUGGGUCUUAAUCUACUUGAGGUCAUCGAGUUACAACUUCCCUCGUUCUUUAACAAUUUUGAUCCUCGUGCUGCAGCUGCCAACUUCCCAUCGGGUGUGCAAGCAUAUUUAGCUGGGCUGACAUUUGCUUUAGCUGCCUCACCUUGCAGCACACCAGUGCUGGCCACUCUGCUGGGAUAUGUAGCCACAUCCAAGGAUCCAAUUAUAGGAGGCAGCUUACUCUUGACAUACACAACCGGCUACGUUGCUCCUCUACUUCUUGCCGCUUCUUUUGCCGGAGCACUGCAGAGUCUGCUGUCAUUCAGGAAGUUCUCUGCAUGGAUCAACCCUGUGAGUGGAGCUCUCCUACUCGGUGGGGGUGUAUAUACUUUCUUGGAUAGGCUUUUCCCUUCCACAAUGGCGAUGUAAAGGAUUGUUAUUCUGCGUGGUAAGAUGAAAACAACGCAAAAUUGAAAUAUAGAUGAAUACUAAGUCAAUGUUGGAAGCAUUUCCUCUU